GUCCAGCGGGUGAAAGGUCGGGGCCCGGACACCUGAGUCCAUCGGCAGUGACUGGAGAUAUGAAAAGGACCAGAGGGGGCCUCCGGGCCUGGGGGUGCCUGGUGCUGCUGGGCCUGUGCAGCUGGACAGGAGCCCGGGCGGCUGUCCCCAACCCCGUGAGAAACCUGAGCGUGAAGGACCAGACCACCAGCUCCAUCACCCUGAGCUGGACGGAGCCGGAUGGCCCUGACCAUCGUAACUAUACCUACUGGGUCCAGUGGACUGGUGCCGAUGGCAAAGCCGAGAACAAAAGCACAACCAACACCAGUGUCCUGGUGGACGGACUGCAACCCGGCUCCUUGUAUGAAUUUGCCGUGUGGGUACAGAUAAACGGAACCAGCAGCUCCAAGGAGACUUGCAACGCCACCACAGCCCCCAAUCCCAUCACGAAGCUGAAGGUAGCAAAUCAGACCACCAGCUCCAUCACCCUGAGCUGGACGGAGCCGGAUGGCCCUGACCAUCGGAACUACACCUACUGGGUCCAGUGGACUGGUGCCGAUGGCAAAGCCGAGAACAAAAGCACAACCAACACCAGUGUCCUGGUGGACGGACUGCAACCCGGCUCCUUGUAUGAAUUUGCCGUGUGGGUACAGAUAAACGGAACCAGCAGCUCCAAGGAGACUUGCAACGCCACCACAGUUCCUAAUGCAGUGACAAGUCUCGGGAUGCAGGACCAGACCAACAACUCCAUCACCUUAGGCUGGACAGCUCCCCUGGGCCCAGAUCAUCCUCCCUACACCUACUGGGUCUCAUGCGUCAAGGAGGGCAUUAUUGCCAUUAAAACCCAGGACACCCAGGAUACCAGGAUCACACUGAAGGAUCUGGAAGCUGGAAGCUUGUACACCUUCACCAUCUGGGCAGAGAGGAAUGGGGUCAACAGUGAUAACAGGACACUCACUGAAGCCACUGCUCCCAACAGGGUCAUGGAUCUGCACAAGAAAUCUCAGACCAACAACUCAAUCACCCUGGGGUGGAACGCCCCCACAGGCCCCCACUCUCAGGCCUACACAUACUGGGUCCAGUGGGCCCCUGGGGGACAUCCCCAGGGAAAGCAAGACCCCCAAGGACAUCAGGCCAACCACACAGACAGGACCAAUGAGACUUGCUAUGAGAUGCAGGCCCUGGAACCCGGUACUCUGUACAAGUUCAGCGUGUGGGCAGAGAGCAACAAUGUGGCCAGUUCUGCACACAGCCUCCUUGCAUCCACAGCCCCGAGCCCGGUCACCAUCACCUCCUGCAUCAGCACCUCUGGGGGACACGGGGUCAUCUUGACCUGGUCCUGCCCCCGUGGAGGCUACGAGGCCUUUGAGUUGCAGGUGGGUGGACAGCAGGACUCCCAGAACACGUCCUCCUGCGGGAUGGAGGUGAAUGUGCCAGGUCUCUGGCCGGCCCAGUCCUACCCAGCCAUUGUCACGACCCUCUGGGAUGGAAUGAGGGCCAGGUCUGCCUCUGUGACCUGCCACACUGAGAACACAGGGGUCAUUGCGGGAGCCAUUGUUGGCGUCAUCCUGUUUCUCAUCCCGGUGGGUCUGCUGAUUUUCUUCCUGAAGAAGAGGCACGAGAAGAGCCAGAGGGAACCAGCACCCAGGGGUCUGAUCUUCAGCUUCAUGGAGGACAUCCGGGCAGAAGACUUUGCUGACCACGUCAUGGAAAAGGAGAAGGAUAGCAACCACGGCUUCGAGGAGGAGUACGAGCAACUGGCUCUGGAGAGUCACAGCCUGUCUCAAACGGUGGCCUCGGCUCCUGAAAACAGCGCCAAGAACCGUUACAGUAACGUGCUGCCCUAUGACUGGUCCCGUGUGGCCCUCAAGCCCCCCCAGGAGGAGCCAGGCUCUGACUACAUCAACGCCAGUUUCAUGCCUGGUCUCGAGAACCCCCAGGAGUUCAUUGCAGCCCAGGGCCCCCUGCCCCAGACGGUGGGUGACUUCUGGCGCUUGGUGUGGGAGCAGCAGAGCCGCACCCUGGUCAUGCUGACCAACUGUGUGGAAUCCGGCCUGGUAAAGUGUGAGCAUUACUGGCCUCUCGACGCCAAGACCUGCACACAUGGGCACCUACAAGUGACUCUGAAGGGUGAGGAGGUGCUGGAGAACUGGACAGUCCGAGACCUGAUGCUCCAGCAUAUGCAAGAGCAGAACACACUAUCCGUGCGUCAGUUCCAUUAUGUGACCUGGCCAGACCAUGGCGUCCCCCGCUCCCCAGACCCCAUGCUGGCCUUCCGGAAGAUGCUGCGGCAGUGGCUGGACGAGAACGUGGGGGGAGGCCCCCCCAUUGUGCACUGCAGUGCUGGUGUGGGCCGCACGGGCACCCUCAUUGCCUUGGACGUCCUGCUGAGGCAGCUGGAACGGGAUCGAUGUGUGGGGCCCUUCAGCUAUGUGCGGAAGAUGAGGGAAAGCCGGCCUCUGAUGGUGCAGACUGAGGCCCAAUAUGUGUUCCUGCACCAGUGCAUUCUGCGAUUUCUCCAGCAGUCAGGCCAAGCCCCCACAGACAACGGGGCUGCAUUUGAGAACCCGCUGUAUGAGAAUGUCUGAGCCUCGGGAGGGCUGAGACCCCAGCCCAGCUAGAUUUGAACUCUGGAUCCCCACUUCUGCCCAGAUCCCUGGAGCCCUGGGACAGCAGAGGGCUGGGGUCCCAGACUCCAGGGUCUUGCAGGGGUAGAAGAAGCCUGGCAGCCUAAACUGUUUCCCUGGAGGAGAGAGGGCAGGUGGGUUCAAGUAUCCUAGACUCCCGGUUCUUCUGAGGAGGGAGGGAUGGGAGCUAGGAUUUCCUUGCUCUUUGAGGGAGGAGGCGGCUGGUGACCCAGGCUGCAGGGUCUUAGAAAAAGAAGCUGGAUCCUGAGGAAGGAAGAAAUUAGAGUCUGGAAUUCUAGCUACCCCAGGAACAAGGGCAGGGAGGAUCCAUGCCAUGUUUUACUCUAGAAACCAAAUCAGUCUCCUAGGAUCUGAGAUUUCCCUGCACCCUACUGCUUGUACAUAUCUUUUUCUUCUAUCCCAUAAUUUAUUAAAUCACUAUUCUCCCCAGAGACUCUUGGUAUAGUGGAUUUCUGGGUCUGGAGAUAAUAUUGGGGUGAGAGUGGGGCUAGAUUCCUGAUGUUCAGUACUGAGGUAAAUGUCCUGGGAGCGAAGAUAGAGGGACCCACAAUUUUGCACCCGAAAAAAAUGUGUUUGCAUAGUUGUGUCUCUGAGAGGGUUGGAGGUCCACAUUUAUGUCCAGGAUCUGGGCGGUGUAGACACCGUUUGCUGAAGCUAGGGGCAUAGGGGCUUGGUUCCUGGGCCUGGUGUUGGGGGAACUUAGA